CAUGGCAAAUUAAGUUAACAAUAACCUAAUAGAUAAUGAUAUUCAAUAGAGCUGUAAUCAAUUAUUCUUAUAAAAAAGUCUAAAACUUUCAAAUUCUCAAUUAGAACAAAAUUGAGUAGCCAGCUUCUUUAUUUGACUAAGGAAAAGAGUAAUUUCAAUAAUAACACAAAUUCCUAGCUGUUUUCUCACUACUAAAAUUUGUAGCGGCAACUAUUAUUGUAUAUUAAGCAUUAAAAAAAUAGAUUAUAUUGAGACAGACAUUAUUCUCAAAUGAAUAGCCCAUCAAAUAAUACAACCACCUUUUUGAUGUUGCUUACCUUGAAAUAUGGAUAUAUCUAUCAUGUAAUUUACAUUAACAUCAUAGGUUUACAUAGUUUCUUUGCAUUCAUCUAUUAUAUAAAACUACUAAGACUGAUUGAUGAUAUUAUGCAAUCUUAAAAGGUGGCUAAAGAGAUGGGAUAUUUGAUAGAAUUUUAUAUUCCUAAUAGCUUUUCAGAUUAAUAAAUGUAAAACUACAUAGAUGAAUAAAUAAAAAUGUAAAAUCAAGAAAUAUUUAUACGAUAAAGAAUAAAUGAUUAGGGGAAUGAUUCAAGAAGAUUUAACUAGAUAUCAAAUGAAAUAAAAGUAUAAUUCAUAAAUAAAAAAGAAAACUUUAUUGAAAAAUAAUUUAUCUUUAAAUCUACAUGGAAAAAGCUGUUUUAUUGCUUUCUAAUUUAUCUAGUUAUGGUGUAUUAUUUUUUAUUUCUAUUCAUAAACUAAUAAGAAUUAAGAGGAAAUGUAUAAAUUUAUUACAAUGUACAAAGGAUAUAUAUUCUCAGUAAACAUAAAUCCUAUUUAUUUAGGUUGUUUUUAUUGGAGUGUAUUAAUAUUUACAAAUUUACAUUAUGGUAUUAUUAGUAAUCAUUUUUUUACCAAUCCUCCUAAUCUACAGUUUAUACAAUUGGUUAAAUAAACACUUCAAUAAGAAAUAUAAAUAGAUAAAAAUAGAUGAUUCCUUAUAAGAAGCCUUAUUUAGUUCAUUAGAGAUUGUAGAUGGUAUUUAUUAUUAAUAAUUAAUAAUUAGACAAAGAAUGUUCAAUAUGUAUGACUUAAUUUUUAGAUUAAGAAUAUAUAGUCACACUUCCUUGUUCAUCAACUCACAGAUUUCAUUCCUCUUGUAUAAGAUCUUGGCUAUAAGUUAAUAAUAAAUGUCCUUUGUGCAGAAGUGAAGUAAACAUUUAUUCAGAGGAUAACUUAUGA